CGUGAAGAACGGACCAUGCCCAUGGAUUGCAUCAUUGCGCAGUGUAUGCUGCUAUUUCCGGGCUUCCUCGACGGGAAAACGGCUACCGCACGAAAGUCGUGGUGCAGCAACCGCAUGCUGCCGCCGCACUUUGUGUUUGCGGGCGAGCCCAACAACGACGUGUUCGCGGAAGUGACGACCUACUGUGAGCCGGGGAACGCCACGUUUUCGUAUCAAACGAAGGCGUGGUUUGACAAGCGUGUCAUGCGCGAGUGGAUAGGCAGAGGUGAGCGGCCCAAGCGUCCUCAUCCUGGAAUGCCUCAAAGUGCACAAAGGUGCUGCCGUACGGCAACGGCUUGCUGA